UGUGUUGGUGCAAGGAAUGCAUCCAACUGUGAAGGACAGAGGGUCCCUAGGACUGGAGGUGAGAAUCACUUUUCUAGUAGACAGGUUGAUGACCACUGGGCUAAUUUCUACUAUGUCAGCGUAAAGGGUAAAAGUUUUUCUUUUCCCCCCUCAGGGCUCACUGGUACUUGGCUGUCAUCUGUUUCCCGGGCCAAGUUUUACAGUGCUCUGGCAUGGAUCCUUUGGAGAACGUGGAGAGCACAAAUUAUACUCCCAGCCCCUCUCUCCAAAACCCCAUGUCGCUCUUUUACAGACAGACAGCGUUUGAGCAGCGCUACAGAAGAUGUACGUCCAUAGGUGAGCUGGACAUGGGGUUCUGCUUGAUUUCAGAUGAUGAUAUGGAGGAUGAAAUUCAGGAUGAUUGUACCACUAGUGGAAAUGUCUUCAAUACUGCUUCUAAACAGCCUUGCAUCCUCAUUAUGGACUCACUUAGUUGCCGUUCCAGGCCAACAGUGGUGAAAAUACUGCAAGAAUACCUGGAGAUGGAGUGGUGGAUGAAAAAGGGCUCCUGGCAGAGUUUUACGAAAGGAGCCAUGAAUGGAUGGAGUGUACAGGUCCCACAGCAGGAUAAUCACACUGACUGUGGGGUUUACCUUCUGCAGUGUGUAGAGAGCUUUCUCAUGAGCCCACCACAGAUUUUACACAGUGUCGUGGAUCUGAGUGACUGGUUUCCUCAGAAGCUGGUGAAGAAAAAGCGGGAGAAAAUCAAAAAGCUGAUUUUUAGACUCCACCUUCAACAGCAGCAGCAGCUCGAUUUGGGAGAUUGAUUGCCCCUACAGGUUAUUUACUGUUAUUGCAACCUUCUGUGUAUUUCGGGGGCUUAGUCCUGCUCAUUAAAAAUUGAUCAAUUGACAAAUAUUAACAGAUUCUUGCUUUUU